AUGUUUUCAUGUUGCGAUGUAAUCGAAGUCUUACUCUCGUCGGUACCCAACUUGACUGAUCUCGUCAUUCGAGGAACUGCAUCCACGGCAUACUCUUUGAAUAUAAAUUUACUUGCUGAUAUGCUUCAUCGAUGUGUACCAAAAUUGCAACAUUUUUAUCUCGAUAUGUUUAUCGAAGAAUCACUGUCGAGAAUGGUAACCGAUUCUGCUAAACAACAAAUUGGACAGCUUUUUCGACUUUUCACUAACAUUAAAAUCUAUCCAUCAACACAGAAAGUGCCAGCACGAUUAAUUAUUCAAGGAUGA